AUGGGUCAAGGGUUCUCUGUCACAACGCCCUCUGCUGGCGCUGCCGGUAUCGAUGUUCCUGAGCUAGCAGAUCUUGCGUACGAAAAGGCAAUAGGGUCGGCCCGCUUCAUGAAGAGCAUCCGCGCCCGUCAUCACGAUGGAGUUGUUCUGGUCAAAGUAUUCGUCAAGCCAUACGCGCCUAUGCCGCUUGAUGAGUAUAGGCAGAAGAUCAUUUAUGAGCGAAAGGCACUUGCUGAAAUCCCCAACGCUCUGGGCUACCAGCGGAUCGUCGAGACCGAGACCAACGGAUACCUUGUCCGACAAUACCUAUAUAACUCUCUCUACGACCGUCUGAGCACACGACCAUUUCUCGAGGACAUAGAGAGGAAAUGGCUGUCGUUUCAGCUCCUCUGCGCCCUGCGCGACUGUCAUGCGAAGGACAUAUACCAUGGCGACAUCAAGGCCGAGAACACACUUGUGACCUCGUGGAACUGGCUGUAUCUCUCCGACUUCUCAUCGUCCUUCAAACCCGUGACGCUGCCCGACGACAACCCGACCGACUUCUCCUACUUCUUCGAUACGUCCAGUCGGCGGACAUGUUACAUUGCCCCCGAGAGAUUUGUUGCGCCGGGCGAGGACGCGGACCGGAAUACCCAGCUGACCUGGGCCAUGGACAUCUUCAGCGCCGGUUGUGUCAUUGCAGAGCUGUUCCUCGAGGCGCCCAUCUUCAGCCUUAGCCAGCUGUACAAGUAUCGCAAGGGUGAAUAUGACCCCGAGAUAGCCCAGCUGAGCCGCAUCCCAGACAGAGAUAUCCGCGAGCUCGUCUCGUCAAUGAUCCAGCUGGACCCGCAGAAGAGAUACUCGGCUGAGCAGUACCUGGAGUUCUGGAGAGGGAAGGCCUUCCCAGAUUAUUUCUACACUUUCCUGCAUCAGUACAUGGGCGUGAUCACGGAUCCUUACUCUGGCCAGUAUUCCGUCUCGGGCGCAACAAGUAAUCUCGGAGAGGCCGACGAACGUAUCGACCGGAUUUUCUACGACUUUGACAAGAUCUCCUACUUUCUCGGAUACGAGAAUCAUCAGAAUGAAUCUCGAGACCCAGAGACAGCACGACUCGCACCCAGACUUGGCCUCGGCCACUUCCCUGUCUGGUUGAACAUCCCAAACAAUGAGCACGCCGUCUCAUGCGAAGCUCAACAGGCUGCGGAUGACGGGACCCUGAUCUUCCUGACCCUGGUGGUCUCGUCUCUGCGAAACACAGCGCGCGCAUCGUCUAAAGUUCGGGCGUGCGAUAUACUGCUGGCAUUCGCAGAACGACUGACGGACGAGGCGAAACUGGACCGAGUCUUGCCCUACCUAAUGACGCUCUUGAGCGACAAGGCCGACAUUGUUGUGAUCACUGCCAUUAGAACGCUGACGCAACUACUGGCCCUUGUGAACUCGGUGAACCCCGUAAACGCACACGUAUUCCUGGAGUACGUCCUACCACGGCUCUCCUUUGCCCUGUAUGGAAGUGCCAGUAGGCCUAGUCCGCUGGUGAGGGCAACAUAUGCGUCUUGUAUCGGCAGUCUGGCAACGACGGCCAAGAAAUUCUUGCAGAUUUCGACUACUCUCAAGGCGGCAGGCGCCAUCACAACUGCGGACCCAGAUGUGGAAUCCGGUAGCCAGCCCAAUGGCAGCUUUGACGGCCUGUUUGACGAGGCGCAGCAAGAACUGAUCAUCUUGUUGGAGCAUCAUACCAAGAAUCUUAUUGAGGACGUCGACCCCCAUGUCCGGAGAGCGUUUCUGAGCUCUGUGCCAGAUCUGUGCCUCUUCUUCGGAACAGCCGAGUCAAACGACAUCAUCCUUACACAUCUCAACACUUAUCUGAACGACCGAGACUGGAUGCUGAAGUGUGCCUUUUUUGAGACUGUCGUUGGCAUAGCUGCCUUCAUGGGUAGCGUCAGCCUCGAAGAGUUCAUAUUGCCACUCAUGAUUCAGGCCCUCACAGACACUGAAGAGAACGUCGUGCAAGGCGCACUGCAUUCUUUAGCCCAGCUGGGCUACCUCGGCCUCCUAUCGAAGACACGAUUAUGGGAACUCGUUGACGUCGUGGCGCGGUUCUCGAUGCAUCCCAACAUCUGGGUGCGAGAGGCAGCAGCGGAAUUCCUCUCCGCUGCUGCAAAAUAUCUCUCUCCUGCAGAUGUCAAAUGCAUCCUCCUCCCAAUGACCUCGAUCUAUUUGAAGACGAUCAUCGUGCCCACAAAUCUCACCACGCUCUGUGUACUUGAUACUCUGAAGAAGCCUUUGUCACGGUCGGUAUUUGACCAGGCGUUGCUAUGGGCAGUGCAAUCUGACAAGGGACUCUUCUGGAAAUCCAUGCGCAACAUGCGGAGGUUGUCAUUUGGCACUCCUGCCGCAGCGAUACCGGGUACAGCAGCGAAAGAUCUGCACCCUCGAAGCCUCAGCAAGGUCUCAAAAAACGAAGAGGACGAGCAAUGGCUGGGGAGGCUACGCAACUUGGGCCUGUCACCUAAUGACGAGUUUAAAUUGCUAGCCUUACGAGAGUUUAUAUGGCGUCUGAGCCAGAUAAAGGCGCGGGAUUCGAAUGCGAACAAUAUGAACGCUGAGCUCAACGACAUCAUCAACCUUCGGACACUUGGUGUGACAGUGCAAACAGUAAUGUUUGAUGAGGAGAUACCGGCCAAAUCUUCGGGGGUAGUCGACGGGGACACGAAUGCACCUCGCACGAUCACGGACGCCCUGAUGGACGCAUCGAUGAGCAUCGAUGAUCCUGUGGGCAAGCGAAAGCGAGCUGCCUUGAACAGCCACAGAAGCCGAUUGAGCAGCCAAAUGAAUGCCUCGCCAACUGCUGACGAUCGCCGGGGCCUUGACGAAGGGGCUUUACUAUCCCUCAAUGGCUCGCCGCAAGGGCCUGAUGGGCAGCCAUUGGGACUCCGGCAUACAUCGAGCGCAAUCAACUUGCUAGGACGAAAAGACAGCAACAAGGCCGUGGCCGAGACAGGCACCACAGACGCAAACGCGACCGGGCGGUUGGAGGGGCUCUUUUCGCCUGCGGCUCCAUCCGGAUUCCCUACCGACGGCCAAGGCGGCGAUAUGAACGCCUCAGGACGGUUGCAAUUGAAUCACAAUUACGCAGGGAACGAUCCUCAUAUCCUGAAGAUGCUGGAUUCUAUGUACACAGACAAUUAUCCGCAUGAUGUCGCCGAAUUUGGCCCGUUGGUAACGCCUAUCACGCGUCGAAAAGCCAGCAGAGCCUCGAGCGGGCAGGCUGGCGAGGGCUGGAAGCCCACUGGAAAACUAGUAGCGACUUUCUCGGAACAUAUUGGCGCCGUCCGUCGCAUUGCAGUGUCUCCAGACCACGUCUUUUUUGUCACUGGCGGGGAUGACGGCGCAGUCAAAGUAUGGGAUACCACAAGGCUGGAGCGCAACAUUGCCCACAGGUCCCGCCAGACACAUCGACACGCCCCUGGAGGAAAGGUCACAGCGCUGUGCUUCAUCGAAAAUACGCACUGUUUCAUCAGUUGCGCAAGCGAUGGAAGCGUUCACGUGGUCAAGGUUGAGACUGCGACGACCAGCAGCCAAACACGAUAUGGCAAGCUACGGCUGCUGAGGGAAUACCAGCUCCCAGACGACGGCGAAGAAUUCGCCGUGUGGUGCGAGCAUUACAAGCAAGAAGCCAACUCCAUCAUGAUCAUCGCGACGAAUCGGUCUCGGAUCCUCAGCAUUGAUCUCAGAACUAUGAGCCUGAUGUUCGUGCUAGAGAACCCUGUCCAUCAUGGUACCCCGACGUGCUUCUGCAUCGACAGGAAGAGGAACUGGCUCUGUCUCGGAACUUCACAUGGUGUCCUUGAUCUUUGGGAUCUUCGCUUCAAGAUGCGCCUCAAGGGCUGGGGUGUGAAGGGGGGAUCUUCCAUUUAUCGACUCGCCAUACAUCCUAUCAAGGGCCGUGGCAAGUGGGUCUGCGUGUCCGGUGGCACUGGUCAGGGUGAAGUCACUGUUUGGGACCUAGAAAAGACGUCAUGUCGAGAGAUCUAUCGCGUUGGUGGCAUCAAGGAGGGCCUCAAGGGCUGGGAACCAUGGGACGUAGAUGAGGACAGACAAGACGGGAUGCUGAAUCGCUUUGCAACGAACAUCGAACCAACGGCGACUGGUAACGCCGACCGCGGCGUCCGAGCUAUGACUGUGGGUAGCAGCUCGCUUGAGGGCAGCGAUCAGCGAGAUGUCAGACAUGCCUACAUCUUGACAGGAGGCUCGGACAAGAAAUUGCGCUUUUGGGAUCUCACUAGGAUUGAGAACUCGGCCGUGUUCAGCGGCCUAAUGCUGGACGAGGGCAAGCCGACAUACUCGGCCAGUCAUCCAACUACCUCCAUGACCUUGAAUACGGAGAGGCUCCCACGGAGCCAGGCAUCAGGAGGGUCGUCUAAUGACGCGGCAGACCGAGCACGCGGAUCUUCUCGGCGAGCCAAUGGUGCUGGCAGAAGCGCCAGGACGAUCCGCACGACGGUCAUCUCUGUGGAACAGCAGCAGCUGUUGAAGUCGCAUUUGGACUCCAUAAUGGACGUCGCAUUUCUCGAGAGCCCGUAUCCUAUGACCGUGUCGGCGGAUCGGUCAGGUGUUGUUUUUGUGUUUCAGUAA